GGUGGCGCCAAUGCACCCGCUGAUGAACCCACGAAGAAGGCGGCUGGCGCUCGGAGGAGGAAGUCACGCUUCCAAAGCUGCGACCGCGUCACCGUUUUAGUGGAACCUUGGCGGAAAUCUGUCGGAAUAACCUGUCAUUCUCUUUCAGCCACUGUGGCACUAUCUAGCGGAGAUGGUGUUUUACUUCACGAGCGCCGUGGUGGACCCUCCCUACACCAUCUACAUGGGCAAAGACAAGUAUGAGAACGAGGACCUCAUCAAGUACGGCUGGCCUGAGGACAUCUGGUUCCACGUGGACAAGCUGUCCUCAGCGCACGUCUACCUGAGGCUCCCUAAGGGCGGGACCAUCGACGACAUCCCCGCGGAGGUCCUGGUGGACUGUGCUCAGCUGGUCAAGAACAACAGCAUCCAAGGCUGCAAGAUGAACAACAUCAACGUCGUCUACACUGCAUGGUCCAACCUGAAGAAGACAGGGGAUAUGGACGUGGGCCAGAUCGGCUUCCACCGGCAGAAGGAGGUGAAGGUCGUGGCCGUGGAGAAGAAGAUCAACGAGAUUGUCAACCGGCUGGACAAAACCAAAGAGGAGCGCUUCCCUGACCUGGCGGCGGAGAAGGAGUCGCGGGACCGAGAGGAGCGCAACGAGAAGAAGCUUCAGAUCCAGGAGCAGAAGAAGAGAGAGAAGGAGGAGCAGCGGAAGAGGAAGGAGAUGGAGGCGCUGAGGAGCUACACGUCCCUGAUGAAGACUGAGAACAUGCAGACCAACGAGGACGGUUACGACUCGGACGACUUCAUGUGAAGAGCAGCAAGGACUGAACCUGAGCCACCUCUGCUUCCGCCGCGAGGAACCUCCGGACAGAAAAGACUUUACGCUCGGACGCGGCGAGCGAGCGAUCCGGACCACCGGCGCCCCCUGCUGAGGAGGAGACUAGGGGCCCUUCCUGCCAGUGUCGCGGUGUUCUCGCAGCCUUGUCUCUGCAUGUCAGAUCUGCCGGGGCCUGUCUGGAAUUAAACUCAGCCUGGGAGCUGCGUGUGUCCAGUGUCUGUCAUGGCCACAGUGUGGCGCCGCCUACUCCAGUGUUUAAGCCCUUCAGUCGCUCGGACCGGAAACCAGACCAGGAGCAGUCUUACAUUCGCCGAGAACACAGACGUGCUGAGGAGCUGGUCCUCACAAGAAUACACACACACACACAAGCUUCUCCUCAUGAUGCAACAUGUUCAAAUGAUCUUUGAGUUCUGACCCGCGACGUGUCUGUCAUCACAGGCAGACACUGACGUGGGAGAGACAGAACUGAGCCGAGACUCUGUGUUGAUUCUGGAGUCAGACUCUCUCCUCCCUCUCUCAGGGUUACAAGGUCAUGAUAACCGCUCCGUGCGCGGACAGGACGCCACACGUCACCUGGCUUGACGGAGGAGGAAGUGGCUGCGAGAGGGUGGAGUUAACGUAGCGUUUCAGUGAGACACAGCUGUCAGCAGAGGAUGAAGGUCUCCUCCUGACCAAUCACGAUGGCCGGGGCCUAUGCACAUGGUGCCAUAGAGACAGUCUACGUUACGUUAGUUGCUCAUUUUUUAUUGAUCAUGUUACAGAUGAAAAUGUCUC